UAUGGAACAGCAGCGAGUUGUGGCGAAUAUUCUAUAAAACGAUGAACAAAAAAAUAAAACAAAAAUAUGAUAAUAUUCUCACUUAUAAGGUAAAUUGCUAGGAUUCGAAUACUAGUUCUAAACAUGGGUUAAAAAAGGAAAUAAAUGAAUUAAGGCUAUUUGUAGUAAAUUGUAUGGCACGAACAUUUUAAGAUCACUGCUAAACAGUUCGAGCAAAAAUAUUUUACUAUAUUUCCAACUCAUUUGUAAUAAGCAUUAGCAGUCGUAAAACAUGUUUGGCGUCAGUAUAAGGUGAGGUUGUUCGGUACAUUAAAACCACAAUCAAACAGUAAUCGUCGCAUGCAAUCCUAAUGGUGAGCAUAACACAAACAUGUCCGGUCCGCCAUCUUGGAUUUUACAAAUGGCGUCUUUCUUGUCUCUUGCGUGGAUUUAAAUAUAUGAGUGCCAUCUAGCGCAGCGCUGUGUGUAUUUGAUCGGAUUAAUUUAUCUUAACCCUGGGUCCAGGCCAUUCAAUCAUGAAGAAAGGCUUGUUGGCCCCACAGAAUACCUUUCUAGACACGAUUGCAACCCGCUUCGAUGGAACACACAGCAACUUUGUGUUGGGAAACGCACAGGCGACCGGAUGUCCCGUCGUGUACUGUUCGGACGGUUUUGUGGAACUGACGGGCUACCAGAGGUCCCAGGUGAUGGGCCGGAGCUGCUCGUGCAAGUUCUUAUUCGGAGAAGAAACGCUGCUUAAAGAACGUGAACGAAUUGAAGAUGCACUUGAAAAGAAAAUUGAGCUCAAGACUGAACUGCUGAUGUAUAAAAAGAGCGGCCAGAAAUUCAAAUGUUUACUCGAUGUGGUCCCAAUAACGAACGAGAAGUCACAAGUUGUGCUUAUUCUCGUCUCCCACAAGGAGAUUGGCAACACAACGCGCGCCGACGACGACUCGGAUGAUGAAAAAACCAGCAAUGAGGCAGACAGUGACGAAGAAAUGGCGGAGGCAUACAGGCGAUGCCAGGCGCGCCAAGGUCGCUCCGCUGGAACACUUCCGGGACUUGCUGGUGCACAGAACCAGCGCAGAAGGAGUCGGGCAGUGCUUUACCACUUAUCCGGUCAAUUUGAGAAACACAACAGAGCCAACCGAGCGAAGUCAAAGCUACAACAACUAAAUAAGUUUAGUUCCAUAUCAACGAAGAUGCCGGAAUACAAGGUCCAAGAAGUCAAGAAGUCCAAGUUCAUAUUGGUCCACUAUGGACUGUUCAAGAUCGGCUGGGACUGGCUCAUACUGCUUUGCACGUUUUACACUGCAAUUCUCGUGCCCUACAACGCCGCUUUUACACGAGCUGAGAAGAACCAGAGAGAAUCCAUUUAUUCCGAUGUUGUAGUUGAGGUUCUAUUUAUGUUCGAUAUCAUAUUUAACUUCCGCACUUCGUUCGUCAACAAACGCGGACAAGUGGUGUACGAGGCACGAAUGAUCGCCAUCAACUAUGUCAAAGGGUGGUUCCUGCUCGAUCUGUUGGCCGCCAUCCCGUUCGACUUUCUGUACAUCUUCAACAUCAGUGCUGAUGCCCCCGUUCAUUUGCUCAAGGUCGCUCGUCUCAUUAGGCUCGCCCGACUGCUCCAGAAGAUUGACAGGUUCUCUCAGUACAGCGCCCUUGUCCUCGCUUUGCUGAUGGGCAUGUUUACUCUGCUUGCCCAUUGGAUGGCUUGUAUCUGGUACGCCAUUGGCCACGCCGAGUUUGAGGAGCACAUUACUUCCGGGUGGCUUUACGAACUCAGCGAAAGGCUUGACCUUAACAAACAGAUCCUGGGCGCAAACCAUACCGGAAAUGACACAUUCGAUUUGGUCAAACCGGACCUCAUUAUCAGCUAUUUGUCCGCCCUCUACUUUACCUGCAGCAGUAUGACGAGCGUCGGUUUUGGCAACGUGUCCGCUAACACCAGCACCGAAAAAAUCUUUGCCGUUUGUUGCAUGAUCAUUGGCGCUUUAAUGCACGCUGUUGUGUUUGGGAACGUCACGGCAUUGAUUCAAAGAAUGUAUCAACGGCGGACAACUUUCCAUUCCAAAACAAAAGAUCUUAAAGAUUUCUUCCGAGCGAAUGAUAUUCCAAAGCCGCUGAAGCAGAGGAUGCAGGAAUAUUUCCAGACAAUGUGGUCCAUGAACAACGGAAUAGAGACGGACGAGAUACUGAAAGACUUCCCAGAAGAGAUGAAAGGUGAACUGGGUCUUCAUCUUCACAAGGACAUUCUAAAUCUUCCCAUUUUCGAGGAGGCCCCACAAGGCUGCCUGAGGUCAAUCGCCUUGCACACUAAGCGGUCGUUCUGUGCCCCUGGGGAGUUCCUGGUACACAAAGGUGACACCUCUAACUACAUGUACCUGCUCGUGAGCGGCUCGAUGGAGGUGCUUAAGACGGACAUGGUUGUCGCAAUUCUUGGUAAAGGUGAUCUCUUCGGAUCUGAUAUCGACUUUGAAGAUCCAAUCAGCGUCUGCAAUUAUGACGUCAGAUCCUUGACUUACAGUGAACUACAGUGUAUCAGCAUAAAAGGUUUGAAUGAUGUUCUACUCUUGUAUCCGGACUUUGCAGAAAAGUUCGCCAAGGAUAUCCACAAUGAUCUGACCUACAAUUUACGACAGACUGCCGAGGACUCCGACGAAGAAACCAACAGCAGUCCAAAAGCCCGUGUAUGUACGCUGCCUUCAAUCUCUGAGGACGACGAGCUGUCGGCGUCCGACGACGACGACGACCAUGACGACAAGCUACCGCCCCCGCCGCCGACUUCGCUCUUGCUUUCCGAGAAGCCCUCUGUGUCUACUGUACUUGAAGAAGAGGAGGAUGGCAUCACCGCUGUGAAUCCCUCCAUAAGCUCGCCCUUAUUGCCGCAUACCCCGAGACUGAGUCAUAAAAUGAUACCGAAUGGAGAUAUACAGGUGGAGGCGGUGGGAAGUCCGUCGAGUGUUCGGCUUUGGGGAAGUCGGCGACCACCCGGUCUCAUGAACAGAUCUUUCAAGGAGACGAGGAAAGUGAGGAUGGGUGUUGGAAUGCAUUCUUGUGACGCGGCGGAGAAGAUUGUCCCACAUAUCCAAAAUCUGCAAAAUGAAGUAGAAGGCACAAAAGCUUCGAUCACCAAACUUGAGCGAAAGGUAUCAAAAAUCAGCCAGGAUAUAGGUGCAAUCGAUCGUAACUUGAGAGAAAUACUGAAACAUAUUACGAAUGUUGGCAAAAUAUCCCAUUUGGAGCCUUUACUGCCGCCGUCACCCAUUACACCGUUAAACCAUUCACGUGCAACAUUUAGUUUUGACUUUUCUGAAAUAACGUUGAAUGAUUCUCCGUGUUCACGCAAUGCUCUUAGACAUAAAAGUGCGGAGAAUAUUCGCGGUUCCGACAGUUCGAUAACCGUUUCAGAUCGUAGUCCAAAGCCUCUGAAUCAUGAUGUUUUUAACUCUACGAAUACGAACCCGGUCUUAAAAUCCAGAGCAACAUCACGUUUUCCACAGAAUUUUGAUCCUUCAAAGAGGCGCAGUAGCUUGCAGGUUCCAUUGUUGUUAAAUCCUCAUGACUUGGUUACUCGUCGUUACAGUGAUGGUACAGAAAAUAAAGACAAACCAAUUAUAACAUCGAUGGCGAGUUCUAAAAGUGACAAUAACGUUACAAAACAGGUACUUCCUUUCAGCGAAACUCAGAGUGAAUAUUUGAUUGCGAACCGAUCUUUGGGAGGUUCCGAAGAAAUGACUAUCGAUUCGGUAUCAGACUCAAAAGAUACUGACCAUCUUCUUGAUAAAGAUACAUUUAUGAACAGUCUGGAAGACGUACACUCGUUCGAUUGCAAUUCUCCGUUGACGGAACGGCAUAUUAAAUCAUUUGAUAACAGUGUUUGCUUAGAAAAGGGUAACAGAAGCCAGUUAUCGAAUAGCUGCGAUGAACGCCUCAAUGACUCUCCGUACAGUAACAUUGUACAUCCGUCAGCGCAAACCAUAAAGAAGAAGUCUAAUGAUAAGCAACGUUUAAAGAAAGAAAAUCAAACAAAUUGUUCUGCGAAACGGAGUUUAGUCAGCAGUAAAAGUUGUUUUGAAAUAGGGCACGGCCGAGCUAAACCACUAAGACCAAACGACUGUAAUAUUUCAAAGGUCCAAAGCCAAGUAUUCCUUGAAACGGAAUUUGGGGCAAAUACACCAAAUGAAGUUAAAACAGUUUUUUGUGAUAAGAAGCCUCUAUCCAGAAAAGAUUCCUCUAAUUUGUGUUUAAGCAACAGUUUGUGCGAUAGGCCAGUGUAUGUGGGUUCUAUUGAAAUAAUUGACAGUUCUCCUGAUUACAAAGUUGACAUGGGACAAAUACCCUUAAUGUGCCAUGGCUCCAAUGAGAAUUCAUUACAGCGUGACUUUAACACUACACAUUUCGACAGUCAAGAACAUUUAAGAACCGACUCUGGAAAUGUUAGUUUAAUGGAAACCCAAGAUUUUAAAUUUAGCAGCGCAGAUAAUGUCGAUCAGUAUUAUGACGGCCUUAAAGAUACUUUUGGAAAAUCAGUAAACAACAUAAGUAAUAAGUACAAUCAUAUUUACGGUAACAAAUCGCGAAUGAAGGAGAACGAAUGUGUUUCACCUGACACACCUACGGAUAUAAGUGGUAGUUUAAAAACAGAGGACGACGAUGCCAACAUAUGUACCACUGUGCUGGAUAUCGAAUGUGAUAAUUUAGCCCGUAAUGGAAUUUUCACACCAAUGUUCGAUGAUAACUCAUUACGAACGACAAAUUUGUGAAUGGAUAAGAGAGUUUAUACAUUUUGAAUAUUUACUCCAUUUUUACAUUUAAUGUUUGUUAUUUUAUACUUUUGUAAUGAUAGUUCUUUUGUCAAGUUGUAAUUAUAGAUAUUGUUGGACUAUACAAUAACGCUUCUGACCUUCCUUUAUAUGGAGCAAGAAAUGUCGUUUACUUUUAAUAAUUGUUAAGAAUAUAUAUUUAAAUGCAUGUUAAAUGUAUAUCCUUAUAGGUUUUUACAAUUGUAAGUUCGUUUGUCGUGUUGGGAUAAAUGUUGACAUUGUGUGUUAAUAUUCGGAUGCGUGUUUUCGGAUGUUACACGUGUCAUACUUAUCAUAAACUCGGGAUUCACGUUAAUAGAAAAAUGUUGCUUCGUGUAAUAUGUUUUGUAUGCAUUGUCUAUUA